AUGGGGUUUGGCAGCACUUUUAAGCUUUUGAAUUUGGGUAUUAAACGAAGGACGUGGAGACGCACGAAGAAACAGCCGCAACACCGCUGGGAUGCAAUCAGGAAUCAGCUGGAUCAGCUGCUGCGGUAUGGUCGCCUGGAGACCACAAUAACGCGUGCUAAGGAGUUGCAGCCGUAUGCAGAGGAGCUCAUUCAGCUUGCAAAGCGCCCGGAGAAGGCGCUGGCUGUAGAGUCGGUGCUAAGGACCCCUGCAGCAAGGAGACGACUAUUUGAAGAGUAUGUUGGGGUGUACAGACACCGCAACUUCUUCUUUACUCGUGUCGUUAAUCAAUUUAUGUUGAGGCUGAGAGAUGCUGCGCCCAUGGCGUACAUUGAAUUCGUAGACAGACCGGGGGAGCUUAGACCCGCUCAGCCUGUUGGAGUUGAAAGACAAAAAUAUCUGUGGCAGCAAAUGCAGCAGUCAAGGAGACAGAGGCGUCUCUUAUGGAAUCAUGCAGUAAAGAUAGGUCUGUCUAACGAAUUGGGUUUUCUCUUAAAGCCUCAAAUAUUUUCAACAGAACAAACAAAAGAUGAAGCAAAGCCCGCCAGGUGUAUCGGGAACGACUUCUUUGUCGAUCUCCCUCCACCAAACCUCAGGGAGAGACGAGCAAAAGCAAGACCCAGACGCUUCUACCCUUAA